AUGGACUGCAACCCUGGAUCGCGGCUACUCAGUCUGUGGUUGUGGUACGUUGAGACCGAUUCCUUAGCGACUGAAUAUGAAUUGAAACGCCUUGGAGAACACAAAUACUCAGCCGUUGAUAACAGCUGGUUGGAUGAACUAUGCAUGAAAAGAUGGUGGGAAUACGCAGUUACAUGGUGUCCGAUGUGGUUGGCACCGAAUUUGAUCACUCUCAUCGGUCUCAUUAUCAAUUUGAUAACCGUUCUUGUUUUAUCAACGUUUUCGUACUCGGCCACUGAACCUGCCUUUUGCACCCGUACUCUUUCUUCUGUGGGCUGGCUUCUCGAUGGGCUAUCGGUGACACCUCCCUACAUGCAAGUGGAGGGAGGGAUGUACAUAGAUGCGAAAGAUAAUGACGAUGUAUUAUACACUAGUGGGCUGAAUAAUUACAGAGAUACGUAG